UGACAGAAACUUUAUUUUGAAGGCGGUUGACCAGCGGAUGUGCGGGGGCUGUUUUUCCGGUGGUUGUGUUCGGUGUGUGGUGUGUGGCUCGGUUCGGCUCGGCUCGGCUCGUCUCGGUUCAGAGGAACAGACCGGCAGCGGUACAGUAGUAUCAGCUGUUGUAGUAAACCUGUGACCGCAGGAGGAAAGAUGGCGGCCCCUGCUCUCUCUAGUCGGGCUGGCUCGGCGGGCAGCCUCGGGAACAGCCCCACCAUGGCCGCCGGCAGGCUGCCUCACAGCGGCGGCAGCGGCAGCGGUCCCGGGCCCGAGCUGGACUUCAGGUCGGCGGCCCGCAUGGAGGACCUGAACCGGCUCAUCCAGGAGUUCAGCAAGCACGACCAGCGGGAGUACGACGACCAGCGGGCUCUGGAGAUCCACACGGCCAAGGACUUCAUCUUCUCCAUGCUGGGAAUGGUCCAGAAGUUGGACCAGAAGCUGCCGGUAGCUAACGAGUACCUGCUCCUGUCGGGCGGCGUGCGGGAGGGCGUGGUGGACAUGGACCUGGACGAGCUGAGCGUGUACGCCCGCGGGACGGACUACGACAUGGACUUCACCCUGCUGGUCCCGGCGCUGAAGCUCCACGACCGCAACCAGCCGGUGACGCUGGACAUGAGACACUCGGCGCUCGGCCACUCGUGGCUCAGCCUGCGCCUCUUCGACGAGGGAACCAUCAACAGGUGGAAGGACUGCUGCACCGUGGUCGACCACAUCAGCGGCACGGUGAACUACUUCUUCUCUCCCACGCUGGUGGCGGACUGGUUCCACCAGGCCGUGGCGCUGGUGCUGCUGGAGGUGCAGAAGAAGCCGCAGCGAGGCGUCCCGCGGGUGGAGAAGGUACAGAGGAACGGCACGGUGAUCUCCGUCAUCCUGGGCGUGGGCAGCAGCCGCAUGCUCUACGACAUCGUCCCCGUGGUGUCCUUCAAAGGCUGGCCGGCCGUGGCCCAGAGCUGGCUGAUGGAGAACCACUUCUGGGACGGCAAGAUCACCGAGGAGGAGGUGAUCAGCGGCUUCUACCUCGUCCCCGCCUGCUCGCACAAAGGCCGCAAGGAGAACGAGUGGCGGCUGUCCUUCGCCCGCAGCGAGGUGCAGCUGAAGAAGUGCAUCUCGUCCAGCCUGAUGCAGGCCUACCAGGCCUGUAAAGCCAUCAUCAUCAAGCUGCUGUCGCGGCCCGUAGCCGUGAGCCCGUACCACCUGCGCAGCAUCAUGCUGUGGGCGUGCGACCGCCUCCCCGCCAACUUCCUGAGCCAGGACGACUUCUCCGCCCACUUCCUGCUGGGCCUGAUCGACGACCUGCAGCACUGCCUGGUCAACAAGACGUGUCCCAACUACUUCAUCCCUCAGUGCAACAUGCUGGAGCAGCUCUCGGACGCGGACGCCAUGCUGCACGCUCGCAAACUCUCCUCGGUGCGCUCGGACCCGGCCGAGCACCUGCGCAGCACCAUCGAGCACGCCAAGGCCGCCAACCGGCUCACGGUGGAGGUGCAGUGGCGCGGAGGAGGCAGCGCAGGCGGCAGCGCCACGGGCACCCCCCCCUCGCCGCAGUCGGACGCCGGCGGCGACAGCCAGCCCGACGACCGGCUGGCCAAGAAGCUGCAGCAGCUCGUCACGGAGAACCCCGGGAAGUCCAUCUCCGUGUUCAUCAACCCCGACGACGUGACGCGGCCGCACUUCCGCAUCGACGACAAGUUCUUCUGAGACACGAAACUAACGGAGAAACAAACAUUCUCUCCUCCUUCUCCUUCUUCUUCAGCUUCUUCUCUUUGCCUUCUCUGGACUCUAUUCUAGAGUCCAGAGAAUAGAGUCUCGAGUUGGACUUGAGUCCAGAAACUCUAUUCUCUGGACUCGAGACCUGACUUGGACUCGCGGACUGAUGACUUGUACUUGGACUCGAGGAUAUAUAAAAUCAGACUUUUGAGCAUUGAUGAAAAAGGACUCGGACGUUGAAUGACGUUUCUGACUAAAUAGAUUCUGAGAAACGUUCUCUUCUCCUUCUCCUCUCUGCCUUCCCAGGGUACCUUCAGGGUACCUGCCGGGUUUUAAACGUGUUAAACGAGACAAAGAUCGGAAUCAGAAAUACAUUUAUUGUUUGG